AUUAUCGCCCUAAUAUUUGUCCUAUUUGCCAUAAUGAAAAUAUACGAAAUACAAUAUUAAAUGUUUUAGCAAGUAGCUCUACUGAAGCACAAAAUAUAGAAUGUGAUGAAAAUAGACACAACAGUAAUGGUGAAACAACUGCAAACACUCGGAUUAAUCAAAAAGUCCAAGAAUUUAUAAACGAAAUUUUAAAUCCAGACAUUGACGAAGUGAAAACAGAUGAAGAGAAUGAGAUGGAAAUAGAGGAAGAAAUGAGUAAGAAUGGGCAGACAAUAAGCCUACAAAUGUUGGUGCACUUGUAUGAUCAUACAUGUAAAGCAGAAAUAAAAAAAUUAAGAAUCAAAAGAGAAACAAUCAAAUGGUGGUACAAGUAUGGUGAAAACUUCGAACGUAAACUUACAGAAAUAAUGUCUAGCAAUAGAAUUUUUAAAAAAAAGGCAACAACUAGACUUUAUAAUGAAUUGGAAAGACUUCAAUCAGGUGUUAGUCGGGAUAAUUUAAGAAAACGAACAGAAAAAUCUACAAAA